AUCAAAUGCAGUUGCUAUUGUAACUGCACAAUAGCAACUGCACACAAUCAUGUCCAUUCGUUUUCAGAUCCAACGGCUCUAGAUGACUGCUACAGUACAUGCAUAAUAGUACAUCUCUGCUACAGUGUUUUUGCUGCAGUACCACUUCAUAUCCUGGCCUUCCGUUCUAGAUCAUGUGAUGUACAUGUUUUUUUGAAACAACCCGCACAAGACAUUGAUAGAGUAGGAAAUGUGAUGUACAUGUUAACGGCUUAAGUUACAGUUACAAUAACAACUGCACAGGAUCUUGAUCCAUUGGACUUGUAUAAUAUCUCAUCUCGUGCUUCCAUUAUCGUGGUAACAGUUGGCAACUUGGCAUCCAGUGCUGGAAACUAUGCCGUGUGUACAUCAGGAUCGUCCUUUUUGUUCAGUUCCAAGAUAGAACAAGUCCAAAAGAUGGCCGUAGUUUUUUUAGUCACAGUGGAAGCUGACAUAGCCGUGGAAUAAGUUCUGCACAAAAGUUGCCAUUCGAGAUCAACUACUGGUAGUAGUAGUCAUCUUCUACCACUGCGAAUAUUCGAAGGGACACAAAAAGAUCAACGAGUAAAUUAGUUCACCGGAAGACGACACAUUAUCACCACAAAAAGACUAAAAACAAAAAGAAAUUGCCAGGCCAAAAAAGGCAAAAAAGAAAAAAAAAGAUGGCACGAGGCCCAGGGCUACGGCCCAUCUUGUCGCCGGCCCAACCGCGCGCGCGAAACGCUCUCGUCGGCUCUCGGCUCGCCGCGACGCGAUGGAGAGUUCGCGCCGCGGCGCGCGCGCGCGUUCGGUGGCUCACACGCUUGCGCCCUCGUCCUCCCGGCCGGCGCGGGCGCCGACCGCGCGUCCGCCGCAUGCGCGCGGCGUAGGUGAGCAACGCGGGCCUCGCCGCGCGCGCUCCCCUCCUUCGAUCCCCUCCUAUAAAUCGAGCUCGCGUCGCGUAUCGCCACCACCACCACGACACACACGCACGCACCGUGCAGGCAUCGACGACGAGCGAGAGCCCCUCGGCGGCAGAAGACACUCACGGCGAUGGCGGUGACGAGGACGGCGCUGCUGGUGGUGUUGGUAGCGGGGGCGAUGACGAUGACGAUGCGCGGGGCGGAGGCGCAGCAGCCGAGCUGCGCGGCGCAGCUCACGCAGCUGGCGCCGUGCGCGCGAGUCGGCGUGGCGCCGGCGCCGGGGCAGCCGCUGCCGGCGCCCCCGGCGGAGUGCUGCUCGGCGCUGGGCGCCGUGUCGCACGACUGCGCCUGCGGCACGCUCGACAUCAUCAACAGCCUCCCCGCCAAGUGCGGCCUCCCGCGCGUCACCUGCCAGUGAUGGAGAUGGUGUGCCAAGGUAAUUGCGUUUGCUCGUGCGAGGAUGAGAAGAGAAGAUUGAAUAAGAUGUUUGAUGGCAACAAGUCAUCAGGCGAUCCGAUCCCUGCAGCUAUGAAUGGGAGUAUACGUAGUAGUGGUCUCGUUAGCAUCUGUGUGUCGCAUAUGCACGCCGUGCGUGCCGUGUCUGUCCUGCUUGCUCUGCUGAUCGUUCAAUGAACGACAAAUUAAUCUAACUCUGGAGUGACAAGUCGUUCGAGAUAUACUAA